AUGACCCAAAACCAUUUCAGCAUCUCCUGUUCAGAUUAAAAGCAUAUUAUUUUCUGCUCAUUUGGUUGGUUCUCACCUCUCCUGGGUUUGGAUUUUCUUGGGACGGAUGCAGCUACUUGCCAGGUUUACAAAACUCCUGAGUAGUGAGGAAUUGGCAGUCCUGCUUCCGGCGGAUCUGUCAACCGCUUUCACUUUCAUGGUGCCGGAAAAUAUUCUACAGUCACGUCUCUAGCUUUACAAGGACGGAUGGGGAGGAGGAAGCUACUUCCUCCCUUUCCCAGUUCGUGGGACUUUCGUUUUCAUUUGCUGAGUGCAGCCGAGGGAGAAGGGCCGCGAGAGGAGAGAGCGAAACUUCGGCCUGGGCCCAAGAUGGCCGACACCGUCUGCUGCAAAUUGGUGGACUACUUGGAAGAACUGACGGAGGAGGAAUUCAAGAAGUUUAAGAUGCACCUUGAGGAAUAUCCGCUCGAGGAAGGCUACAAGCCCAUACGGCGCUGUAAGACCGAGAAAGCCGGUGCCAUCGAAAUUGCCCGGCUCAUGGUCAGAGCAUAUGAGGAGGCCAUGGCGUUGCAGAUGACAGUCAAAAUCUUGGACAGGAUAAACAAGAAGGAUCUGUCAGCAAAAGUCAAGCAGGAGAUGCCAGCCCGCUUCUUUCAGCCUGCAAAGCCAGUGCCUGUGACCAAGGAAGAAAAACAAAAACAGAAAGAGAAGACAGAGUCGGAUAUGUAUGAGCGGUUCUUCGGGACUCCAAAGAAAGUGGAGGUAACACUGGAUCCCAAAACAGCCUUCCCCACGCUUAUCCUUUCUGAAGACCGGAAGAGCGUCCAUCUGGGAGAAAGAGCCCAACCUCUGCCUGAUAACCCUGAGCGAUUCAAUUUCUUACCCUGUGUUCUGGGAGCCGAAGGCAUCACCUCUGGGACCCUGGAAUGGGUGGUGAACGUGGGCAAGGCCAAAAGCUGGUCCAUCGGUGCCGUUCGGGAAUCAAUUGAUAGAAAAUGGUACCUCUACAUAACAGCCGAACAGGGGUUUUGGGUACUGCAGCUGCAUGAAGGAGAGUACACAGUCUCAACUACCCCUUUCACCAACCUUUUCUUGUGGAAGUCACCACAUAGAAUCAGAGUGCAUCUGGACUACGACCGUGGCAUCCUCUCCUUUUAUGAUGGUGACUCCAUGGAGCACCUCUUUAGCUUCAACUAUCCAUUUUCCGAAAGGAUGUUUCCCUUUUUUCAGGUCUGGGAUACUGAGAUCCCCUUGCAAAUAUGCCCCAGUGAUUCCUAGGAAUAACAUAAUCAAGUCAUUGCCAAAGGCUUUCAUGGACGGAAACAACUGAGUGUUGUGGGUUUCCCGGGCUGCAUCGGAUGGCUUUUGCUCCUGUUUCACCUGCAUCUAUGGUUGGCAUCUCCAGAGUCAUGUCAUAAUAAGAUG